GUGUACGAACGCAUGCCUGGGCGCAGGGCCAACCUUUUCGCACAUGGAGCAGAGGGAGGGAAUUUAAUUUUGGCUUCGGAACUGGCGGCAUCUAGCAGAGGGGCGUUCAUUUGCACCUGAUGAGUGGCCGCAGUGGGAUAUCUUCUUGCGGCUCAUGCCUUUGUGCGAGCGGAUGGACGAACCCUAUGGAUUGCGUUGGAGUCAAGUUGGCGAAUAAAUGGUGAUAAAGAUAUUUCAGACUUGCAGCAGGUGAUUGAAGGCAGAGAUGGAGGAGGGCACUUGGUCUGCAGGCAGCCUCCGCCUGGUGCCCUACACACGUGAGUCGCUGGCCCGACAGGAGAACCGUUGUCGGUCCGCGGAGGCCCGACGCGAAGAACACGGCUUCCGUCGAGAACGCGCCACUAACCUACCAGAAAGAGAGUGUGUCUGCAUAGCACCUGAUCUGUUGCCCGCCAAGAUUUUCUACACACCCCUGGAGGACAUUGGUCAGUUCGGACUCGAUAAGACAUUCUGUGUGAUAGCUAAAAGGUCUUCCAGCUACUACCUAUACAGGUAUUCUGCAGAAGAUUCUCUAUUUCUUUUCAGUCCUUGGUCUAUAGUAAGAAGAUUUGCCAUUCGUAUUUCUUGCCACAGGUAUUUUGAACUGGUAGUCAUGACGACAAUUCUUCUUAACUGUGUCUUCCUUGCUUUAUCUCAACCUAUAGAAGAAACUGAAUACGUGUUCCUUGUCAUUUACACUAUAGAAAUGAUAAUCAAAGUUAUUGCCAAAGGUUUUAUUUUGAAUAAGUAUUCAUACCUGAGGAAUCCAUGGAAUUGGUUGGAUUUCAUAGUAGUUUUAUCUGGAUACAUCACACUGUGCUUGCAGGCUUUUGGUAUGGCCAUAGGAAAUUUAUCUGGCCUUAGAACUUUUCGAGUUUUGAGAGCUCUCAAAACUGUCUCUAUUACGCCAGGGCUAAAGACCAUUGUAAAUGCAAUGCUACAUUCGUUGGGAAUGCUCGCAGAGGUGAUGACUCUUACAGUGUUUUGUCUGAUGGUAUUUGCACUUUUAGCCUUACAACUUUACGUAGGUCUCUUACGUCACAAAUGUGUCUUGAACUUCCCUUACCAACAGAACUUCUCUCAUCGAGCUUAUGCCCUGCACGUGCACAACAAAUCCUCAUGGCUUGUGGACAAUGAUGGCCAGCCCGCUGUUUGCGGAAACAAGACAGGAUCCAGGCGAUGCCCCGAGGGAUACACGUGUCUUCCUGGAAUCGGUGAAAAUCCGAAUUACGGUUACACCAAUUUCGAUUCCUACGGGUGGUCUAUUCUCACCACCUUUCAGCUCAUUACACUGGAUUUCUGGGAAGAUGUCUACAAUAAAAUCAAUGCCACGACAGGUCCGACGAGCGUUUUUUUCUUUAUGCUUGUAGUCUUCUUUGGUUCCUUUUAUCUUAUCAACCUAACUCUGGCUGUUGUCGCCAUAGCCUAUGAAGAGGAAGCAGCGACUACACUCAGGGAACAGGACAAGAUAAAGCGGCUGAGAGUGAGCUUUCCCUCCCGGCUGUACUCCACCCUGAUUGCCUUGAAAGCGCAGACCAGGAUGUUUCGCCCCACUUUCAGCAGGCGAUCGCGUCAGCCUCAGAGGUGGUGUAGUCCCAGGAGGGGCGCAGGCCUUCCCGCCCCGGCCAGGGCUGCCCCACCCAGGAUUCCCAUACCCAGGAGUGACUGCGUGAGCGCGCCUCGAAACCAUUUCAGAAAUCGCAUAGUCAUACCAGGUGAGACCCUUUUCGAAGAAGAAGAGGAUGAAGAAGGUCAGCAGACUCGAAGUCCUAGAAGAGCGCAUUCAUCUUCUUUGGGAGAGACUCCAGACAUUGUCAUCAGUGCAGGAGGUCAACUUCCCAUCGUGGGGCGAGUGAUGAGAAAUCACGCCACCAGACUACCCAAGAACACAGUUCAAGCAUUUGAAGAGAAUCUCAGAAGCCCACCAAGUGAUCUAAGUCUUGCAGUAACUUGGAGGAGCAUUCAUUGUGGUUAUUUCUAUCGUCGUUGUCAAAGUCUAUUUCGAGCUACUCUUCGAGGCUUCAUGCAACUCAGGCAUUAUUUGGCAGUUAUUGUGAAUGACCCGCUUUUUGACAUGAUGAUUACAGUCUGCAUCCUUCUAAACACAGCUUUUCUUUCCAUAGAACACUAUGGAAUGUCUGCAAAGACAGAAAGAAUUUUAAAACUUGGAAACCUGGUGUUCACAGUCAUCUUCUGUCUAGAGGCAGUCGUAAAAGUGGUGGCUCUGGGUCGGGAGUAUUUCCGCAGCAACUGGAAUCUCUUCGAUUUGGUGGUUGUAGUGGUCAGUCUAGCAGACCUGAGUUUCGAGACUGUUGGAGGGCUAUCUGUCCUCAGGACUUUCAGAUUACUUCGGGUAGUAAAACUUGCCCAAGCCUGGACAACGAUGAGGCUACUUCUUACGAUAAUUGCAAGCACCCUGGGAGCAGUAGGGAAUAUGACACUUGUUCUGGCGGUCAUUAUCUAUAUAUUUGCUAUUUUAGGAGUGCAGCUGUUUAGUGACAUCUAUACACCUGAAAAUUUUGCUCCAGAUCCUGUGCCCAGGUGGAACUUCACUGACUUCUGGCAUUCUCUGUUGAUGAUGUUCCGCAUUUUAUGCGGGGAGUGGGUGCAGCCCCUUUGGGACUGUAUGCGGGUAUCAGGCGAAAAGUACCACGUGUGCAUCGUUCUCUUUCUGGUCGCCCUAACCAUGGGCAAUUUUCUCGUUCUGAAUUUAUUCUUGGCCAUGCUUCUGAACUCGUUUAACACGCAAGAGCUUCAAAAGAAAGGAGAAGAUCAUGAGAAAACAAGUACAAACUCCAAAUUCUGGAAAGGUUUCAAUCGUAUCAGGGGAGUUAUUCGACGAAAUAACGUUGGAUCCGAAGAACCGUUUGCUCAGUCUGUCACCCCUCUAUUCCAGAAAAGAAGGUGGACUGAGCCUGGAAUUUCAGUUCGUCAGCCUUCUCCCAGAAGAGUCAGUGAUCUUUCUCAAAGAAUAUACGAUACAUUACAACAAUCAAGAGAUUCACCUGGUCGGCUCAGCAGUUUCAGCUCGACUAGAACAGUCAUUUCCUCAAACAAGCAGACGUCAGAAAAUCGCACGAAUUCUACAGUCGAUGGAAUGGAGACACAAAAUAAUUCGAAAGAUUCAAGUCCCGUGAAAGGGCAAGAUGAUGAAAAUUGUGUUAAAGAACCUCCGGACUGUUUUCCAACUUGCAUGUAUAGAUGCAUUGAUAUGGAAGGACGCCCAUUCUACAAAUACUGGAUGCGAAGUAGAAAGUUUGUUCUUAUAGUUGUUGAUCACAGGGCUUUUGAAUGGACAGUUUUAGUUCUGAUAUUCAGCAGCAGUGUUAUCUUGUGCUUCGAAGACAUUUUUCUUCCCGAUAAACCAGGCCUGAUGACGGUUUUGUGGUACUUCAACUUAUUCUUCACAGCAUGCUUUGUGUUGGAAGUCAUUUUGAAAUGGAUGGCAUACGGCUUUGUAAUCUACUUCAGCAGUCUGUGGACAACAUUAGAUUUCAUUAUCGUAUGCGUAUCCGUUGUAAGUGUUGUGGCAGAAUCUUCUUCAGGAAAUGGUUUGUACGCUCUUCGAGCCUUCCGGACACUUCGAGCUCUGCGUCCGUUGCGUGCUAUAUCGAGAUGGGAAGGUAUGAAGAUAGUGGUGAAUGCAUUGAUGUCUGCUAUUCCAUCCAUUUUCAAUGUUCUUCUCGUGUGCCUCGUCUUUUGGCUCAUUUUCAGCAUCAUGGGUGUCCAGUUUUUUGGCGGAAAAUUUUAUCGAUGCGUUGAUCAAAUAGGCACCACUUUACCGGUACAAAUAACACCGGAUGUUGGACAGUGUUUAACUCUCAACUACUCUUGGAUCAACCGAGACAUCAACUUCGACAACGUUGGAAAUGCCUAUCUUGCUCUUUUCCAAGUCGCAACUUUUGAAGGUUGGAUGGAGGUCAUGGAAUACGCAGUUGAUACGACUGAAAUUGGACAUCAACCUUAUGCAGAAGCUAAUUUUCCAGCUUAUAUUUAUUUUGUGACUUUCAUCAUCUGUGGAUCAUUCUUCACGCUUAAUCUUUUCAUCGGUGUCAUCAUAGACAACUUUAAUAUGUUGAAGAAGAAAUAUGAGGGAGGCAUUGUGGAAGUAUUCCUCACAGAAAGUCAGAGGGCGUAUUACACAGCCAUGUUGAAACUAGGUCGAAGGAAACCCCAGAGAAUCGUUACUCGUCCACAGAACAGAUACCUUAGGAUCUGCUAUGAUUUGUCAAUGAGUCGAAGGUUUGAGAUGGUUGUUUUCAUUUUCAUCAUAUUGAAUAUGGUAGCAAUGACCGUGGAGCAUUACCAACAGCCCGAGCAAGUAACUUUCAUUUUGAACAUGCUCAACAUUGUCUUCACUGCCCUCUUUUGUACUGAGGCCGUCAUUAAAAUCAUAGGCCUCAGGCAGUAUUAUUUCACUUUUCCCUGGAAUGUCUUCGACCUCGUCGUCAUCAUCAUGUCAGUCAUAAGCAUAAUUUUUGAAGAAGCUCUUCAGCAUCUAGUCAUCAGUCCUACCCUUCUGCGAGUGAUCAGACUUGUCCGAAUCGGAAGAAUCCUACGCCUAAUCAAAGCCGCCAAGGGCAUCAGAAAACUGCUUUUCGCCCUUGUCAUUUCUCUCCCUGCCUUAUUCAACAUUGGUGCUCUACUCUUCCUUAUCACCUUCGUUUAUGCCAUCAUUGGCAUGUUCCUGUUCGGUCACGUCCGUCUGCAAGAUUCUCGCAGUGGAACCAGUGGACUCUCUGAAAUGGUCAAUUUCCAGACAUUCGCCAACAGUAUGAUCCUUCUCUUCCGACUCACGACAUCAGCUGGUUGGAAUGACAUUCUGGAUUCUCUGAUGAUCCAACCUCCUGACUGUGAUCCAAAUCUCGGCGACUGUGGCCAUCCAACUCUAGCUAUUAUAUACUUAGUGACUUAUAUCAUUAUUAAUUUCAUGGUCAUCAUAAAUAUGUACAUUGCUGUCAUUCUGGAGAAUUUAAGUCAGGCUAGUAAAGAAGAAACUGGCAUAUCAGAAGACGAUAUAGAGAUGUUCUAUGUGUGCUGGUCACAAUAUGAUCCCAAUGCAACACAGUUCAUUCACCAUAGUCAACUUUCAGAUUUCGUCGCAAGUCUAGAUCCUCCACUGGGUAUUGAAAAACCGAACGAACCUGCCCUUGUGGCGAUGAACAUCCCCAUUGCAACCGGAGAUAGGAUUCAUUGUCUUGACAUCCUCCAUAGCCUGGUCAACCUGGUCCUGGGGGAUGUUGAAGACACGGAGGAAUUCAGGACGGUUCAGAGACAAGUAGAUCAGAGAUUUCGAAAGAGCUUUCCCACCCGGAAUUUGGUGGAGAUAAUAAGCACGACUCACAAGCGAAAACAACAAGACAAUGCGGCUAAGGUGAUACAAAGGACUUACAAAAAGCAUCGAAAUAGAUUAAUGAAUAAUACAGAGAAUGAGAGCUAACAUUCAAAGUGAAUACUAUUUUAUUCGCUCAUUUUUUUAAUGCUUAAUAAAGUUUUGUUAUAACAAUUCUA